AUGACUGAUACAUGUCAAGCACAAAACGAUUACAAUGGUGAAACAAAUAUUAGAAUAUUGUCGGUCUUUAUGAUUAUGAUAUCAUCAGGACUUGGUGUCUUUUUCCCUUUGUUAGCAUCAAAAUAUUCUUUCAUUAGACUGCCAGACUGGUGCUUUUUCCUGGCCAAAUUCUUUGGUUCUGGUGUUAUUGUUGCUACGGCUUUUGUUCAUCUAUUACAACCUGCAUCAGAGGCACUAAGUGAUCCAUGUCUUGGUGGUACAUUUGCCGAUUAUCCAUGGGCAUUUGGUAUUUGUCUGAUGUCUCUUUUCUUCUUGUUCUUCACAGAAAUAUUUUCACAUUACUACAUUUCCAAAGCAUUCAGUGACGAAAAAGAUUCCUCAGAUACCAUUAGCAAAGACUCAUCGUAUGAUUCCGAUUUAGAAGCGAAUCAAGUAAUUCCUGUCAAUGAUUCUAGACCAGGUAAGCAACAUUUUUCACACGAAGAGGAUCAUCAAGAUGCAAUUCAAAUUGGCACACCCGCUAAUGAUAAAGCAAAGGAACAGUACACCAAUCAAGUAUUUGCUGUCUUUAUCUUAGAAUUCGGUAUCUUAUUCCAUUCCAUUUUCAUUGGUCUUUCCCUAGCAGUGAGUGGUGACGAAUUCCACACUUUAUUCAUUGUGUUAAUUUUUCAUCAAAUGUUUGAAGGGCUAGGUUUGGGGACAAGAGUUGCAGAAACUAACUGGCCAGAUUCUGGUCCAAAGAAGUGGACUCCAUGGCUUAUGGGCCUUGCUUUCACAUUUGUUACGCCAGUUGCCAUCGCAAUCGGAUUAGGAGUAAGACACUCUUGGGUCCCAGGUUCCAGAAGAGCGUUGAUAGCCAAUGGUGUCUUUGAUUCCCUCUCUUCUGGUAUUUUAAUUUACACAGGUUUAGUAGAAUUGAUGGCUCAUGAAUUCCUCUAUUCCAAUCAAUUUAAAGGCCCUGGUGGGUUCAAGAAGAUGCUAUACGCAUACUUUUUUAUGUGUUGUGGUGCUGGUAUAAUGGCGUUAUUAGGUAAAUGGGCUUAA